GACACGUGUCAUGGCCUGGGCGGAGAAGGGCCUGCUUGAACGGUCUUCAAUUGGGCCGUCGCUCCUCCUUCCAGGGAAACUGACCUCGCCAUUGGCCAACACCAGGGCAGGCGAAGAGAGGCGGUGUUUGGUGCCCGAAAUGGAGGACGAGGAAGAGGAGGAGGAAGCAAAGGAGGAAGAAGCGGCUUGGUUGCGCCCAGACUCUCCCUGCGGUGCUGCGAGGAAUCCUCCCCCUGCCUCUUGUCAUGGCAAAUGGGUGUCAACAGAAGGCUCCCAGAACAGAAUCAUUGUGCAUCUGGAUUUGGACUGCUUUUAUGCACAGGUGGAAAUGAUCUGCAACCCUGAAUUAAAAGGCAAACCUUUAGGUGUACAGCAGAAAUACAUUGUUGUCACCUGUAAUUAUGAAGCCAGAAGCUUUGGGGUCAAUAAACUCAUGUCUGUGAAAGAAGCAAAAGAAAAGUGCCCUGACUUGUUGCUGGUUAAUGGAGAAGAUCUGACAAAGUAUCGGGAAAUGUCUUAUAAAGUUACAGCAUUACUGGAAGAGUUUACUCCAUUGGUAGAAAGACUUGGAUUUGAUGAAAAUUUUGUGGAUAUCACAGAGCUGGUAGACUUGAAACUAGAACAGUGGAAGAAAGAUGCUUUUUCUAAAAUCAGUUUCUCUGGUCACAUAUAUAAUAAACAGACAGUCAAUUUGCAUGAUCCAGUGCACAUACGAUUAGCUGUGGGAUCUCAUAUUGCAGCAACCUUGAGAGAAGCCAUGUAUCACAGGCUGGGCCUUACAGGUUGUGCAGGAGUGGCAAUCAAUAAAUUGCUCUCCAAAUUGGUGUCUGGGACCUUUAAACCAAACCAGCAAACUGCUCUCUUGCCUGAAAGCCACCAAGACCUGAUGCUCAGCCUUGACCACAUUGGAAAAGUGCCUGGUAUUGGUUAUAAAACUACAAAGCGCCUCAUGACGCUGGGAAUCAGCACUAUGAGUGAUCUCCAGUUGUGUUCUGCUGCGAUACUAGAAAGAGAGCUAGAAGGUUUGGCUGCACAACAUAUCCAGAAACUUAGUCGGGGAGAAGAUGACUCCUUGGUCACACCGUCAGGGCCCCCUCAGUCCCUGAGUGAUGAAGACUCCUUUAAAAAGUGCUCUUCUGAAGCAGAAGUGAAAAAGAAAGUUGAAGAACUGCUCACUAACCUUUUGCACAGAUUAUGCAAGGAUGGGAGGAAGCCCCAUACAAUACGAUUGACUCUACGGCAGUUUUCACCUACUAAUAAAUGGUUUAACCGAGAGAGCCGUCAGUGCCCUAUUCCAUCUCAUCUGAUUCAGAGGAUUGGAACAGACGAUGCCAGCAUCAAGACCCAACUGGUUGUCAUCCUUAUGAAGCUGUUUCAUAAGAUGAUCAAUGUGAAGGUUCCAUUUCACCUCACCCUUCUGAAUGUCUGCUUCUCCAACCUCAAGGCUCCUCCUGCUUCCAACAAGAAGUCUAUUGGGUUUUAUUUAACACAUCCAUCAUCUUCUUCAAGCUGCGAAAAGCUUACUUGUAAAUUGGAAAACGUGAAUGUUGCAGAACAUGUAAUUCCAGAAUAUCAGGUGGAACCUGACAAUGUUUUGUCAGGUGCAAGAAACACAGGAAAUAUACCAGCUCACCGAGAGACAUGGGGGCUCCCAAAACAACCUGGCAUUCCCGAAUUACCUCUUCACUUGCUUCCUCCUGAUAUUGACUAUGAUGUCUUUAAUCAGCUUCCAGAAGAAAUAAAGGAGGAAAUUGUAAAUGGUCAGAAGGGUAAAGGGGAUCCUGCUGCAACUCCUUUGUACCAGACAUUGCCUUCCACAAAGGAAAAACCAGUGAACAAAACACAAAACAAAAUAUGUCUUGAAUCUUUCCAUUCUCCUAACACCCAUCAAAAUAUUAGCACUUGUGACAUGGCUCCUGCCAAUGAGGAAUCUGCUGAAAAUACAUCAGUCACUAAUCAUAUGGGAACUAUGGAUGCUAAAAACCCACCCCUAGCUCCAUCUCAGGCUUCUCAUUCCUGUCAACUUAUUCCAGAAGGGCAGAAAGUCCCAAAUGGCAAAGAUUUUCUUGAUGGAGAUUGGAAGGAAGCUUCAGAAAUGGUCCUUCCUCCAACAAUUGAUCCCAGAACAUUUUCUGAAUUACCCGAAGAGGUGCAAAAAGAACUGUUGGAGGAAUGGAAGGGUAAGACUCAUGUUUCCAAAAUGCAAUCCAGCAAAAUCCACGACAAGCUCAAAACGAAAAAGAAAAGUCUUCCUUCACCACCACAGCAGAACAGUUUAUUAAGAUACUUUAAACCAAAAUGAUAACCAUGUGCUCUUGGUUCAGAGAUUGAGGGCACAGAGGCAGCACCUCUGAGGCUAUAUACCUUGGAACAAAGAGGAGGGCUAUAUGUUCAACAGAAUCUCAUGGCCGAAUUCUAGGAAGGCACCAUUUCAGAUGACAAAAUGGAGAGAAGUGUUAGUUUUUUGUGCAUCCCAAUUUUUAAAAAUUACCAAAACACAUGUUUUUAGAGGUUCUAUAUCUACUUGUAUGUACUCUUCUGCAUGGCAGGGCUUUACUUGUUUAGUGUAAGGAUGAAAAUUGUGUAGCCUUCCAGAUGUUGCUGAAUUGCAUUUCCCAGCAUUCUUCACUAUCAGCUGUGUUGACUAAAACUACUAAAAAUGCAGUCUAGUAGCAUUUGGAGGGCCACACAAACCAACAAUGCACCUGUCAAGUCCUGGAACUGACAAAGAAUGUGAAUUCCUGAAAGCAGAAGAUGAUUCUUUUACUGUUUAGUGGUGCAAGAAAGGGAAAGGAAUGGUGAGAUUUCAGAGGAAAGAAAACCUCAGCAAGCAUUUCUCCCUCCAUUUCCUCAGCCAUGGAUACUGUGCCACCUAGUUUUCUGACCCAUGGAAAAUGAAGUAAGAAUGUGAGGAGGAUGCAUGGAAACUGUGUAGACCAGAGUUGGACAGUCUGCUGUGUACUCUAGUUCAGUGUUUUUCCAAAUUGUGCUCCUCCAGGUGUUUUGGACUUCAGCUCCCAGAAAUCCCAGCCAGGAAUUGUGGGAGCCGAAGUCCAAAACAUCUGGAGCACAGUUCGAGAGACACUGCUCUAGUUAUGCUUUGGCUGUUUUCCAGAUCACAAAUGCACCAAACUGGCUCCGGAUGCACCUCCGGCCUUUCUUUUUGUGACAGUAGUAGUUGGAGAGGAUGAAAGGAAAUUGCUUUGACCACACUUACCUUUGGCCGUUCCUGCUUCUGGUGUGAGAAUGCAAACCCAACUACCCAAAAGCUUGCCUGACCUGGCAAGAAAUUGAUAUAUAGGCUGUUAACCUCUUGAUCACUCUUAUAAGAUAGAAAGCUUGAGCAAACUGCACUUCAGCUUCAGUGCUUUAAACUAGAAUUAUAAUUGUACUGCAAAGAAGGCUGUGUUAAAAUAUAGCAAAAUAUGUUCUUAGCCAUGUCACAAGGUUGUCAAUUCUUAAUUAUAAAUAUAAUUCUUCGCAGUAGAGUGCGAAAUAUACCUUAUAAUGUCUUAUCUUGUUCCUGGAGGUGUGCUGUUGCUACUUGGGACAUUUUUAAUCAUGGAAAAGGCUGCGGUUACCAGAUACGUGUCUGCUGUGUUGCCUGAGAUGGUCCAUGGUAACAUCUAAGUAACCUCUUAGUUCUUUCCUCACAUUAUAAGCAGAACUUAGCUCUCCAAGAGCAACACGGGAGUUGUAUAUCGAUAUGGUCCUGA